AUUAGAAAUUAGACUUCACUAACUUUCCUUCUUGACAACUUUGGGCACUAGUGUCAUCAACGCAAUUAUAAUGUGCAGGUGCAGUUUUGUAUAAAAAGCUAAACUAUUGAUAUAUACAUGUAUUUUAAAGGAAUAUGUUUUUGAAAGCAUGUAAGAGUUCACUGUAAAUUUAAACGACAGUAGUGUUCUUAUACAAAAAUUUGAUGCCAAAAAUAUCACCUGUAUAGUUUCAACAAUUUGUUAUCAGAACAAAACUACAUAUUUUGUAUCCAACCAAUACAUCACAUUCACAAAUAUAAAUACAAUGCAACGACAUGGAAAUUGUUGUAAGGCGACAUUUCGAAAGGAGACAGCAAAACUUUUGGAACAUUUCUUGCACUCAGAUUUUAAAAAAUGCGUUGCUAAUAUGAACGAAUGCGUUGCUAAACCACCACUACCGCCUCAACGACUGAAAACGUCUUUUGGCCCUAAAAAGGUACCCACGCGCACAUCAGCUGGUGAAUUUCUAACAUCCGCAGUAACACUAACAGAGACGGCAGACGACAGUGACAACGCAGAGGAUUCCGUUACAGAAGAAACACGGACACAAUUAGAAGAAGAGCUUGUUCAGGAGUUGCGACGUAUAGCAGACGAGAUUGACCAAAAUGGAAAAUUAACGUCCAAAAUCCGCCAAGCAACCGAGGAGACCGCCGGCCUGCUAGCAUACAACAGUUUUAAGAGCGCCUUGAAUCAGUAUGUUGACAACCUCGUGGGCUGGAGACAAGCUGCAUUUGUUUUUCAGUUCACCAACUGGGCCGUGCAAGCGGCGGGAACUGCAGGUUUGAAUGCGAAAAGGAUCACGGAAAACUGCCUUACAUACGUGGAGGAAAAGUGUGCGGACUGGAUUUUAAAGCGAGGUGGAUGGCAAAACAUGCUGUCUGGUGAUUCUGAUGAUACCACGUCAGAAAGAGACUGAUGAUCUUCGAGAUGACAAUAGUAUUCAUCCAUCAUAAAAGCUAUAUUGAAAGGCAAUACGAUGUAUCCUGUGAAUUACGAUUCGCCAGCUGUAUAUAAACAGACCAUUGGGGAUGAACUCAUACAAGCUUGUACAUUCAUAUAGAGCUAUGUUAAUAGCAACAUUAAUGUUUAACCACUGGAAACAUUUUAAUGUUAGCAUUCAUGCAAUGUUAUACAAAUGUAGACAAACUACAAUUGAUUGACUCAUACGGCCCAAAAUAAAGUUUGUUUCCACAAGCAUCUCCAAACCAACCGCUGUAUUUAGGUCGGUCAAACUUUUGCUUUAUAUGCUUUUUUAUUGUGCAAGAUUUAUAUCCCAUUAUACGAAGAUGUUCAAUAACAUAAUGUUUCAUAUCUCUAUGCAUCAUCUCUUUGUUUGUACCAAAGUAAGUAAGCAAAUACAAUUAAUAAUCUAGUACUUUAUAAAUUGAUUUACAUGCUGAUCUCUAUAAACGGAUACUUUGA